AUGGAUAUCCUAAAGGUCCUUUCACGAGGCACCAAGCUGCAAUCGAAAAGGCCCAGCGGCUCGGCGGCGCCGGCUCGUGCGGACCUGCCCUCGGCCGGCGUCGAGACCAACCCGCAGCUUUACCACGAUGACGUCGGACCCGCGCCUGCCCCCAAGGGCACCAAGAGAAAGAGGAGGAGCCGCGAGAAGGACGAUGGCCGGCGCGCGCAGCAGGAGGUGGACGGGGAGACGGACGAGGACGAGGAGCAGUUGAGCGACAUCGACUUUUUCGCGCCAAAGAACAGGCCAGGGCAGGGCGACGAUGCCGCCUCGGGGAAGUCGGCAAAGGACGGGGAUGAUAAAAAGAAGAAGAAGCAGAAGAAAGCCGAUUCGGACGCUUCGACUACCGAGCCGCUCGAACUGGACGAGUGCAAGCACAUAAUGCGCUCGCACCGCCUCAAGUUUACGCUGUUACGGCUGCAACAGCCCGAGAAAGAAUCCGCGUCGAGGCCGGAAGCGGAAGAGGAUGGCAAAAAGAAGAAGAAAAAGAGGAAGAAGCUGAGCAAAGGGGAGGGAGAGGCAGCCACGGCCCCACCUCUGAGCGACGAGAAGAAGCAGAUCUGCCCGCAGCCGCUCGUGUCCUUCUCGGAGCUGCGGCGCACGUACCGCAUCUCGCCCAGGCUGGCCGACAACCUGGCCCGGGACGGGUACAAGGUGCCGACCGAGGUGCAGCUCGGCAGCCUGCCGCUGCUCCUCAGGCCCGAGUUCGCCCUGGGCUGCUGCGAAGGCGUGGCGGUCGACGGGUGCGGCGUCCACUUCCUGGCGGUCGCGCCCACGGGCAGCGGCAAGACGCUAAGCUUCCUAAUACCGGCCAUCAACGGCGUCCUUAAGCGGAGGGCCGAGCGCGGGGGCGGUGACGGGGACGGCGGCGACAGGCACGCGCUCGAGGCCAUCGUCGUGGCCCCGACUAGGGAGCUCGCGAGCCAGAUCGCCAACGAGGGGCGGAAGCUCGCCGCAGGCACGGGGGUCCGGGUGGUGCUGAUGCGCAAGGGCAUGAGGGUCGCCGCGUCUGCAGCCCAGGGCGCGUCGGCCGACGGCGAGGACCUUUUCGAAAGCGAAGCCGAGUCUUCGUCGGGCGAGGAGGACGAGCAGCAGGACGAGAGCGGAAGCAGGCCGAAGAAGGCCGCCGGCGCAGCCAGGAACCCGACCAAGGCGGACGUCCUGGUCACCACCCCCAUGCUCCUCCUGAACUUUAUUUCCGAGGGCGGCUCCUCCAAGAAGCUACCGGACGUGCGGUCGCUGAUCCUGGACGAGGCCGACGUGCUGCUCGACCCCCUGUUUCGCGACCAGACGGUGGGCAUCUGGUCGGCCUGCCGCAACCCGGAGCUCCGCGUGACCUUUUGGUCCGCAACCAUGCCCUCCAGCAUCGAGGUCCUCAUGUUUGACCGGCUCCGUGCGCACCAUUCGGACAGCGGCAGCAACGACAGCACAACCGCCCCGCCGCUGGUCAGGCUGGUGGUCGGGCUCAAGGACACGGCGGUGCCCAACAUCUCCCACCGGCUCAUCUACACAGCCACCGAGGCGGGCAAGCUCCUGGCCAUCCGGCAGCUAUUGCACCCGUCGUCCUUUUCGUCCUCGUCCCCGACCCAAGGUAGUAGCGGUGCCGCCGCCGCCGCCGCCGCCGCCGACGCGCCGCUCCGGCCGCCCUUCCUCGUCUUCACGCAGACGAGCGUCGCAAACGUUAUCGCCCUGAGCGAGAAGCAGGCCGCCGCGGGCUCCGGUGUCGGCGCGGGCGCGGGCGCGGGCGCGCAAAAGUGGCUGCUGGACUCGCUGCCCGACGUGUCCAAGAAGGACCGCAAGACGCUGCGCGAAAGGGGCGUCGAGUCGAGGCGGUCCGGCGCCGCAAAGGCCCGCAUCACGUCCAAGAGCACGUGGGAGAGGCGGAGGGAGAACAACCGCCGCGGCGCAAUCGAGGGGAGCAAGAAGAGGAAGAAGGCGCUGCUCGACGACGCGUCUGCGGAACACGACGACGGCGAGGAAUGGGGAGGCAUUGACGACUGA